CCUUUCUGUCGGACUGACGAGCACUUGCUCCAGCAGUUGGGACCCACAGCUUGAGCCCGGUAGAUUUUACAGAUAAAGCAUGGCGUCGACAGCACACUUCUCAGAGGAGGAGAUGGCAGAGCUCCGGGAGGCUUUCAGCAAAGUGGAUAUUAGUGGGAACGGCUUCAUCCAUGCCAACGAUUUAACGGAUGUGUUGAAGGCAGCCAACCUCCCUCUCCCAGGAUAUAAAGCCAGAGAACUCGUUCAGAAUUUGACAACCACAGAGGAUGGCAGGAUCAGCUUUGAUGAAUUUAUUUCAAUUUUCCAAAACCUGAAAAGUGACGAUGUUGCUAAGUCAUUCCGAAAACAAAUCAACAAAAAGGAGGGGAUCUGUGCUAUUGGUGGGAUGUCAGAGCAGUCCAGUGCUGGCACACAACACUCUUACUCAGAGGAAGAAAAGUAUGCCUUCGUCAACUGGAUUAACAAAGCUCUUGAGAAGGACCCUGACUGUAAACACGUGGUCCCAAUGAAUCCAGAAACAGAUGAUCUCUUCCAGGCGGUUGGUGAUGGCAUAGUGCUUUGUAAGAUGAUCAACUUUUCAGUCCCGGAUACCAUUGAUGAGAGAACAAUAAACAAGAAGAAACUCACACCCUUCACGAUACAGGAAAACCUGAACCUGGCUCUGAACUCUGCUUCAGCCAUUGGGUGCCAUGUUGUUAACAUUGGAGCUGAAGACUUAAAAGAAGGGAAGCCUUACCUGGUUUUGGGUCUUUUAUGGCAAGUCAUCAAAAUUGGGCUCUUUGCCGACAUAGAGAUCAGCAGGAAUGAAGCCUUGAUUGCUCUGCUGAGAGAAGGAGAGAGCCUGGAGGAUCUGAUGAGAUUGUCUCCAGAGGAACUGCUGCUGAGAUGGGCAAACUAUCACCUGGAGAAUGCAGGAUGUAACAAGGUCAACAACUUCAGCUCAGACAUCAAGCAGCCUGACUUCUACAACAUUAUAAAGGACUCAAGAGCUUAUUACCAUUUGCUGAACCAAGUUGCCCCCAAGGGAGAUGAAGAAGGCAUUCCAGCUAUUACUAUUGACAUGUCAGGAUUAAGGGAGAAGGACGACGUCCAACGUGCGGAAUGCAUGCUGCAGCAGGCGGAGCGGCUGGGCUGCCGGCAGUUUGUCACGGCCACAGAUGUCGUCCGGGGAAACCCGAAGCUAAACUUGGCAUUCAUCGCCAACUUGUUUAACAAAUACCCUGCCCUGCAUAAGCCAGAGAACCAGGACAUCGACUGGAGCUCUAUUGAAGGUGAGACAAGGGAAGAGAGGACAUUCAGGAACUGGAUGAACUCCCUGGGUGUUAAUCCACGUGUAAAUCACUUAUACAGUGACCUGUCAGAUGCCUUGGUUAUCUUCCAGCUUUAUGAAAAGAUCAAAGUGCCAGUAGACUGGAACAGAGUGAACAAGCCACCAUAUCCUAAACUGGGUGGCAACAUGAAGAAGCUUGAAAACUGCAACUAUGCAGUGGAACUGGGAAAAAAUCAAGCCAAAUUUUCCCUCGUUGGCAUCGCUGGGCAAGAUCUGAAUGAAGGAAACCGUACACUCACGCUGGCCUUAAUCUGGCAGUUGAUGAGAAGGUACACUCUGAAUAUCCUUGAAGAUAUCGGUGGUGGAGAAAAGGUCAACGAUGAAAUCAUUGUCAACUGGGUCAAUGAAACACUGACUGCAGCCGGCAAGGAUUCAACUAUCUCCAGUUUCAAGGAUGGCAAAAUCAGCACCAGCAUGCCAGUCCUGGACCUCAUUGAUGCCAUUCAACCAGGAUCAAUCAAAUAUGACCUCCUGAAAACAGAGGACCUGAAUGAUGAGGAGAAACUAAAUAAUGCUAAAUAUGCCAUCUCUAUGGCAAGAAAAAUCGGAGCAAGAGUCUAUGCCCUUCCAGAAGACCUGGUUGAAGUAAAACCCAAAAUGGUCAUGACAGUGUUUGCUUGCCUUAUGGGGAAAGGCAUGAAGAAAGUUUAAGCACAAAAGACUUGCAGUGAUGCCUGGUAUUCACCCUUUUGAUUCCCUCAAACUGGAUGCUCUUUGUAUCAAGGAAAUAUGCAGGGUGCUCAUGCUUGUAAGGCAUGAAUGUUAUACAUGGUUCCAGAUUGUACAAAAGUUGUGUAUUCACAUGUAUCCAGGAAAUGUUUUAUUUUGAACAGUACUAUGUGCUUGAUUUCUUUGCCUUAUUUUCCACUUUGCUAGGUAUAACCAUUUCAUAUUCCCGAAUGAGUUUUCCAGGAGGCCUAUACAUAACCUCCGGUUAAUGGAUACCAGGACUAUCCAUCAGAGGUCUCCUGGAGAUCUUUGUCUUGGGAGGUACAGACAGAUUUUAGGAUUAUGAAAUGUUAUAUACUGCUUCUGCCUGAAAAUGUCUUCAUGCUUCUGGCAGUAUUUCUGCCAUACUUUCCUUCAAUUUGCACCUGGGGUUACAAAAGGGAUUUUCCCGACCAACACAAGUGUUAGUGACUAUAUUUUUUGAAUGAUAGGAUCCUCUUAGGAAAUGCUCUUGGAAAGAGAAAAGUG